AUGGCUGAAGGCACUGGCCAGAGGCCGUUAACGCCUUUGUCACAAGCAUUUUUAUCAACAAAUACCCUUUCCCCUGCCUCUUCUCCUUUGGGAUUUCAUUCCGAUAUGACCUCGCUUCGCAAAAAGAGAGGAAAUUUAUUUCCCAAAUUGGAUGAGUUGAAUGGGAACCCAGAGGAAGAACAACGUGGAAUGAACAUGUCCUCGAAUCCUAACUACUUUGAUUUACGAUGGGGUCAAGAUCGUUCAGGCUUUCCUGGAUCCACUGUAAGCACUCCUGGUAUCGGUGGACCGGUACCAUAUUCUCAUAUGGGUGCAGAAGAUUCUAUACCGGAAGGUGCUUCCACUGCUUUACCUAGCUCUUUACAACAAAUGUUGGAUCCGGAGACCACGGGAAAUUCUAAUGAUUCCUUGAAAACACGCCGUACCAGACUUCAAGCAGCUUGGAAGGAAGCAAGCAACUCCGCUGGUUUAUCUCUACAUUCAACUACUCCUUACGAUGUAUUAAAUAAUGGCGGCCCAGCUACUACUUCUGUUCUGUCUUCUACUACUCACCCAUUAGAGGGAAUGCUUUCUUAUAAUGAUAACGCUAAUCCUCUUGCCUCAUCUGCCACGAAUGCUCCAGGUGCAAAUAUUUCCAAAAAUAUGAGCAGCUCCCAAAUUUUACCUCCUGCCCAAGAGAACGAAGAAGAAACGAUCCCCACUGCUAUCGUUAUAAAAAAUAUUCCUUUUUCUCUUAAGAAAGAGGUUUUGUUUAAGGUAUUUACAGCGUUGGAUAUUCCUCGUCCAUACGCUUUCAACUAUCAUUUCGAUAAUGGAGUCUUCCGUGGACUUGCUUUUGCAAAUUUCCACACUCCCGAGGAAGCAAAGACUGUUGUUCAGGUUUUGAAUGGAUAUGAAAUUACAGGACGACGUCUUCGUGUUGAAUGGAAACGUCAACUUCCUCCCGCUGAGCGCGAGCGCGUUGAACGUGGUAAGCAAGAAAAACGAGCCGUAGAAGAAAGUAAACAACAGUUAAAGCUUCCUUUUUCUGUGGCAAAUCUUGGCGUUGGAGUUGACUUUGAUUUGAACGAUCCCGCCGUCUUGAAUGUUUACUCACACAUCCUCUUAUUUUAUCAUCGCACCGAUAAUCCCGGUGACUUGGUGUUUGACGCCUCUACGAGCCAUGAUGAGCGUCGUGUAGCCGCUCUCUUGGCUUCUCGCUUGAAUUUGAACUAUUCCGUAGCGGGCGAUGCUGAUUCAAAGCAAGUUGUCAUUACUUCUGGCAAUCACCAGGUUCCUGGAUUCCAUUCAUCCAGUGCCAAUCAAUCUCCGGCAAUGUCCAAUGCUCACGUUCCUAAUGAUUUACAGUCAUCGUCCGCCGGAAUGAAUGGCAUGCCUAAUAUGGGUUCUUCAGCGACGCUACAAAAUCCUCUCGCAUCUUCUGGUAUAUUUGAAAACAACCCCUUUUCAGGAUCUACAUUAUCUUCCAAUUAUUCUAGUCUAAGAAGACCGGCACCUUCUUUGCACCUUGCGGAUAGCAUACGGUCAUUGCGUGGAAUAUCAUCGGAUAUGAAGUCGUUUUCUGAUAUUCGCAGCAUGCCUGCAACACCUUUGGAACUUUCCUCUCAAUUUUCAAGUAUGAAUGUGUCUUCCCCGUUGGAACGCGGUUUGGGGACUUCCUCCGGUCCCUUGAACGGAAAUUCUGAUUAUUUUAGUAACCCUCAGCCAUCUUCAGCCGGUGUGGUUGGAUCAAAACCUCAACAAAAGAAUGAACAUUAA